AUGAGACUGAUAUAUUGUUUUGUGCAUGUUGCAUAGGUUAAGCAGCAGAAGAGGAUUAUUUUUUUUGGAGUAAAUUGAAGAAAAGAUGAAGUAUGUUUUAGUGACAGGUGGAGUUGUUAGUGGACUUGGAAAAGGAGUUACUGCUAGCAGCAUUGGAGUACUCCUUCAGGCUUGUGGCUUUCGAGUUACCUCUAUCAAAAUUGACCCCUAUCUGAACACGGAUGCAGGGACAAUGUCUCCUUUUGAGCAUGGUGAAGUUUUUGUCUUAGAUGAUGGUGGUGAGGUUGACCUUGAUCUUGGAAACUAUGAACGUUUCUUGGACUUAAUAUUAAUGGACUUAAUAAUAACAAAUACAUUUUUUGUUGCAUCAAUAAUUUUGAUGAAUGUGACUUAA